CCACUAAUCUGAUGCAAGCGUCCUGUCUAACCCUAUGCAGGGAGUCACAUGCUCACAGCAUCACGAAAGGACUCGGCGACUCGCGAGGUUGCGCCGCCGGCUGUCUCCUCCGGAACUCCACUGCUCCAUCUCCGCCCCUCGCCACCGUCUGUCCCCUCUUGACCUCGGCUGCUCCAUAUCUACCCCUCGCAGUUGCAGAUCAGGAUGGAUAUUGCUACUUGAAGUGAGAGGGUUUGUGCAAGCACGGGACCUGCUGCUGCCUCUACACCGGUUGGCACAGGUCAAUCAUCAGUCCCUCAAUCAGCAGCAUCAAGUCUCUAAUCGUUGCGAUAGGUUGGAUAUCAAAUGGUGGUCCACAAAGAUUGUCAGUAGAGGACUCCACAAAGAUCGGUAGAAGAGGACCAGCCGAAUCUAUAAUAUUUUACAGGAUAGAAGAGGACCAACACAAUCUGUAAUAUUGUAUAGGAAGCAGAUGUAGUUCGGUUGAAGAGGACACCAACUCAAUCUGUAAUAUUGCAUAGGAAGCAGAUAUACGUGCACGUGAGACUGGACUUGUGGGAUUGCUUGAAUUAUGAGUGAGGAUUGUACGUGUGCAUAUAUGGGAUUGCUUGAAAUAUAUGUGCGAGGAUUGUAUAAGGUGUAAGGAUUGUAUAGAGGAGUCCAUUUAGGACUGUAUCGAGAAGGAGUGGGAUUGCUUGAAAUAUGUGUGAGGAUUGUAUAACGGUGUACUGUAGUUCUGUUUAGGACGGUAGGCGCUGGGGUGUAGUCCGUUUUGGACUGUUUUGAGUUUGAGAUUAGGACUUUAUGGAGAAGAGUCUGUUUA